GGGUGAGAGCAGAGUGUGGAGGCCUCGCGGGUCGUCCCGGAGGCGGGCCCCAGCCAGAUGUGCUCGGCCGCCCCGCCCCGCCCUCGCUGGUGCACGGGGCGCUUCACCCAGCGGAGUCUCUUGCCAGGGCGCCCCCAGCCACUCCGCAGCUUCAAACUUUCCCCGGCUCUCCAGUCCGGCUGUCCCCUCGGCGCUGGCUGCCACCGAGCCUGCCAGCUGCGCGCAAAACCAAGGUCCUGGCCAGCGGAGCAGAGAAGAGACUGUGACCCCUCUGUGUCCCAGGUCCUGAGGGGCACAGGACAAGGAACGAGGCCCCACCCCCCGCCAAUAUGCAGCUGCCCUGGAACCUGGCGCUCCUGCUGUUGCUCUCCUGGGUGGCAGGUGGAGUAGGGACCAGUCCAGGGGAUUACGGGCUGCCAGCACUGGCACGCCAGCCUGGCCUCUGUCGCUAUGGAACUAAGAUAGCCUGCUGCUAUGGCUGGAAAAGGAACAGCAAGGGACUCUGUGAAGCUACAUGUGAGCCCAGAUGCAAAUUUGGUGAAUGUGUGGGACCGAAUAAAUGUAGAUGCUUUCCAGGGUACACCGGGAAGACCUGCAGUCAAGAUGUGAAUGAAUGUGGAGUCAAGCCCCGGCCGUGCCAGCACAGGUGUGUGAAUACACACGGCAGCUACAAAUGCUUUUGCCUCGGUGGCCACAUGCUUCUACCAGACGCCACAUGUUCAAACUCUAGGACAUGUGCCAGGAUAAACUGCCAGUACAGCUGCGAAGAAACAGAGGAAGGGCCUCGGUGUGUGUGCCCAUCCUCUGGCCUCCGCCUGGGCCCAAAUGGAAGAGUGUGCCUAGAUAUAGAUGAAUGUGCUUCUAAGAAAGCAGUCUGCCCUUACAAUCGAAGAUGUGUGAACACGUUUGGAAGCUACUACUGCAAAUGUCACAUUGGUUUUGAAUUGAAAUAUGUCAGUCGCCGGUAUGAUUGUGUAGAUAUAAAUGAGUGCGCUCUGAAUACCCAUAUGUGCAGCCUCCAUGCCAAUUGCCUCAAUACUCAAGGAUCCUUCAAGUGCAAAUGCAAGCAAGGAUAUAGGGGCAAUGGACUUCAGUGUUCUGUUAUCCCUGAAAAUUCUGUGAAGGAAGUACUCAGAGCACCUGGGACCAUCAAAGAUCGAAUCAAGAAGUUACUGGCUCACAAGCACAAUAUGAAGAAAAAGGUGAAACUUAAAAAUGGCACACCCAAGCCCACCAGUACACGGACCCCUAAGGUUAACUUGCCUUCCAGCUCUGAAGAGAGCGUUUUCAGGGGGAACUCGGACGGAGAACAAAAGAGGAACGAAGAGAGAAAGAGAGAGGGGCUGGAGGAAGAGAAAAGCAACAAAGUCCUAAAGAACGAGGUAGAACAAGAGCGAAGCCUUCGAGGAGAUGUGUUUUCUCCUAAGGUAAAUGAAGCAGAGGAUUUGGAUCUGGUCUAUGUCCAAAGAAAAGAGCUAAAUUCCAAACUGGAACACAAAGCAGACUUAAACAUCUCAGUUGACUGCAGCUUUGAUCAUGGGGUCUGUGACUGGAAACAGGACAGAGAAGAUGAUUUUGACUGGACUCCUGCUGAUCGAGACAAUGCUGUUGGUUAUUAUAUGGCAGUCCCAGCACUGGCAGGGCACAGGAAGGAUAUUGGCCGGUUGAAACUUCUCCUCCCCAGCUUGACACCCCAAAGCAACUUCUGUUUGCUCUUUGAUUACCGACUGGCUGGAGACAAAGUAGGAAAACUUCGAGUGUUCGUGAAAAAUAGCAACAAUGCCCUGGCAUGGGAAGGGACUGAAAAUGAGGAUGAGAGAUGGAAGACGGGGAAAAUCCCGCUGUACCAAGGGAUCGAUACUAUCAAAAGUGUCAUUUUUGAAGCAGAACGUGGCAAAGGCAAAACUGGAGAAAUUGCAGUGGAUGGUGUCUUACUGGUGUCAGGCUUGUGUCCUGAUGGCUUUCUGUCUGUAGAGGGCUGAGUGUCACUGGCCUCCUUUAUAGCUUCAUUUGUGGCCUUUUAUGUCAUGUCUCUGGGGUUUCUUUUUCUAUCAUAUCAUAGGACUCUUCCAUUUAUAAAUACAAGCUGAAACUGUGUAAUGUUCCAACAGAAAUAUUAUCAUAAGAUUCCUUUCUUGUAUCAAAUGUACUAAGACUUGCUUUAAUAUGUAGCACCACUGUGCCUUCUCACUUGUUUCUGAGUUUUCCACAUUACGUCACAAAAUGUAGACAUGCCAACUCAUCUCCCCCUACCUUGUAUAUCUGUUCUUUCUAUGUGAGCUGAUGGACUCUUCUAAAUAACAUUUCUAGAAUACCAGCAACAGGAAAAACUAGUACAGAUAAAUGGUUAGCUGUUGAGGCUGGACAAAUGACCUAGUGGUUAAGAACACGGGCUGUUCUUACAGAGGAUCCAGGAUCUAUUCCCAGCACCCACAUGGCAAAUCACAGCCAUCUGCAACUCCAGUUCCAGAGAUUCCAGUGACCUCUUCUGGCCUCCAUGAACACCUGCAUGUGGUGGUACACAUGCAUACACUCUGGCCCAUAUACAUAUACAUAAAAUAAUAAAGUAAAUCAUUUCUUAAAAAAUGUUUCAUUGUUUAACUUUUAAGGUACUUCUUGGAAACAGUAACAUUAAACAUAGAUUUUUUUUGCCUAAGUGGCUCAGCCUGCUCUUUCAUAGUCAAAUUUGCAUAUUUAAAUUUUUUAUAAUCAUAUUCAGUUAACCACCUUAAGUCAUAGUAAGAUAAAAGGAUAUGUUAGUGAUUCUAUGUUUACUUAUGUGUAUGAUUUUGAAAAACAUAAUUUUUAUUCUUUUCUCUGUUGGAAUACUUUGUAUUCAUAAAAACUGGCUAAAACAG